AUGAACCACAAUAAAAUACCUCUGUAUGUUUACUAUAUUUUUAUGCUUGGAUCAACUCAACUGUAUGACGGUUCUCUUAGUGGUGAUCAUACAGAUUUCUUGAUUGGUAUCGUUCUAGUUUUGGUUGGGUUCCUUGGACUGUUGUAUGAACGCUAUUUUGUUGUUGAUGAUAACGACGAGAAUGAUCAUCAAGAUCAUGGUAUUGGUACCAGCGAUGACCAUGUCAUUAUCAACAUCAAGGAGUUGGCUGGUGUUAAUCCCUCUGUCCUCCUCCGAUCAAUCCCCGUCGUAGAUUUCAACUCUAGGAACGCAAGGGACGGUGUUAAAUGUGUCGUUUGCCUCUUUGAGCUCGCUGACGGAGACAAAGCCAAGUUUUUACCGAGCUGUAAACAUUGGUUUCACGCUCGUUGCAUCGACCCGUGGCUUGAGUCGCACGCUACUUGUCCUAUAUGCAGAACGAGAGUACGUCUGUUGCAAACUAACGAGCCGAGCUCCCUAAUCUCUAGGCGCUAUAGUCCGGUUGAACCUGCGGUGGUAACUCAAGAGUUGAAUUAUGGCAAUCUAACUUCUGAUGAUGAACAUCCAGUAGAUCUGACGGCGGUUGUUGUAGACAUCCCGGCAACCUUCGAGAUUGGAGAUUUGGGCCCAUUAUGA